AAGCCCAUAUUCCACAACCCUAGCUGCCAUAUCACCAGUCAGGCAAGAGAGAGAGACGCCGAACGGAGUUGCCGGAAAGGAAAAACGGCCGGGGCCAGCACCACCGCACAUCACCGUCACCCAGCACCGGCAUCCCUCCUACUUUCUCUUCUCAGCCAAAAUACGCCGUCUCCGACUCCGAGCAGAGCCGCCAUCGCAAUCGCCGAGCACUUCCGCCGCCAUCCGGAGCCGUGACCCACCGUGGACUGCUGCUGCUGCUAGAAAGUCCAAAUCGUCUGAAGAGUUUGUUGCGAUUGAUAAAUGGAACACGGUACACUCCAUGAUCAAUCCAAUGCUACUUUCUCGUUGACAGACGAGGAUCAUACACUCGCCAAUGCUCUCAGAUUCACCCUUAACCAAGAUCCCAGAGUUGUAGUCUCUGGGUAUAGCAUUCCACAUCCCUCUGAGGUUCGUGUGAACAUAAGAGUUCAGACUACUGGGGAUCCAGCUAGGGAAGUGUUGAAAGAUUCAUUGCAAGAUCUGUUGUUUAUGUGCAAACACACUAGGAGCACCUUUGAUCGAAGUGUUGCAAGUUUCAAGAAAGAAAAACGUCGUUUGAAAGACAAAAAAUUAAGGAAUACUUGAUCCAUAGCAACUCUUCACCUCACCUUGGAUUUGCACGAGGAUUGCAAGUAUUUGAGGCUGUCAUGUGUAUCGACUGAUUAUACUCUCUGUUUGUAUUACUUCGCCAACUUGUCCCUUGUUUUCUUAAAUCGAAUCCACAUUGUCUAAACAGUAAAGCUUGAGGUUUUGGUACUCGCCCUUGGUAUUGUUGUUAUUAUUAUUAUAUACUAUGUUUUUAUUCAGUCAGUAGCUAUGGAUUUACCAUGCAAUUAAGCUUCUGGGGAAAGAGAUCCUUGAUGUAAUACAAUAGGUUGCCUUCAAGUUGAAGAAUCUCAAGUCAAGAGGUUUAUAUCAAGUGGCUUGAACUUCCUGCU